GUAGUAUUACAUCUGUGUGCACCACCACAUCGAAGCAGCAAGCCCUAGUUACUUGUGACUCCCCACAAUUUAGUUCGAGGAAUAAAUUUUGCUCACUUUUGAUUUCGCUAGGUUAAAUUAGCCAGAAUGGCUUCGAACGCAGAAACAUGGCUGUUGGAGAAUGGAAACCUGAAGUGCUUGAGCAAGGAGAUGAGGCAUGGUGUCCGGACAGCCCAUAACAUGUCAUCAUCCUCUUUGCGCAAGAAAUCUGAAAUUGCCCUAGUCUCAAAAGUGCCUUACCGUUUCGUUAGAGACUUUCUGGCUAAUCUUCAAGAAGUCAUUCUCGGAACAAAGCUUUCUGUCCUCUUUCUUGCAAUUCCAUUUGCAAUCGCCGCUCAAUGCAACCACUUCGGAAGACCGUGGGUUUUUGCGUUGAGCUUGCUUGGACUCACUCCGCUCGCAGAACGCGUCAGCUUCCUCACAGAACAAAUAGCAAUGUAUACCGGACCAACAGUUGGGGGGCUCCUAAAUGCAACCUGUGGAAAUGCAACGGAGCUGAUCAUAGCAAUACUGGCACUGGUCCAGCACAAAGUAGACGUGGUGAAGUACUCUCUCUUGGGUUCUGUGCUUUCCAACCUCCUCCUGGUGCUCGGAACCUCUCUUUUCUGCGGUGGCCUCGCCAACGUCACCAAGGAACAAAAGUUUGACAGGAAACAAAGUGAUGUGAACUCCAUGCUGCUGUUGCUGGGACUGUUAUGCCACCUGCUGCCCCUCAUGCUUAAAUACUCCCGGAAUUCAUCGGAUGUUUUCGCCUUGGAGACAACCGUUGUCUCUUUGUCGAGAGUUAGUUGCAUUUUGAUGCUCAUCGCCUACUUGGCCUAUCUUGUUUUCCAGUUAUGGACCCAUAGACAAUUUUUCGAGGCACAAGAGGAUGAAGACGAAGACGGUGACGGAAUUGCAGAGGAAACACCAGUGAUUGGAUUUUGGAGCGGAUUUGCUUGGUUGGCAGGCAUGACUGGUGUCAUUGCUUUACUAUCCGAGUAUGUUGUGGCCACAAUCGAGGCUGCAUCCGACACCUGGGGUCUCUCUGUCAGCUUCAUCAGUCUAAUUUUGCUACCAAUUGUUGGAAACGCAGCAGAACACGCCGGAGCCAUCAUAUUUGCUUUCAAGAAUAAACUGGAUAUCUCUUUGGGGGUCGCUCUAGGUUCGGCAUCUCAGAUUUCCAUGUUUGUGCUUCCCUUGACUGUGAUUGUUGCUUGGAUUAUCGGCAUCAACAUGGAUCUUGACUUCAAUCUCCUCGAAACCGGUUCUCUUGCUCUAUCCAUAAUUAUCACGGCCUUCGCUCUGCAGGACGGGACAUCUCACUACAUGAAAGGAUUGGUACUUCUCUUGUGUUACGUGGUUAUUGGAGCGUGCUUUUUUGUUUCCAGAUCCCCACCCAACCAAGACCCAGCAAAUGUUGUCGACUUCGGUAUGAAAUCAUCUGCCCAUGGAAUCUUGAGAGUUUGAGCAGAGGAGUCGGAACGUGAUCGCCAUGGGGUGCUAGUCUAUGCUGGCGGCCGACGAUAGUAAAUAAAUAAAUAAAUCAAUCAAGUUUACAUCCAUCCACCCAUCCAUUUGUUAAUUCUUUCAUUUGGAUUGGUUUUAGUUGCAAGCAGCAUGGUGUCGGAGGUUGGAGAUGACGCUGUGGUAUUACUACUAUGAUAUCGUUCGGUCCAUUUACGAGUCUUUAUUCGCUACCCGUAUUUUCUUCAAAUUGAGUUGAGACUUGAGAGUGUCGUAUAUAUACUGCUAGUAAGGUCUGGCUGUGCUCACCCUAAAGUGUUUAAGGGUACUACUAGUAAGGCAUGGCUGUGCCCACCCUAAAGUGUUUAAGGAUAACAAAGAUUGUUUAUGAGUUGAGUAUCAUGUGUAAAUAUAUUAUAAAGAGCAUCUUAAUGCA